CUAAGUCAGAGACUUUAGGACACGGGACCCAGAACCAGAUGGUCCGGACGAGACGCUCCAGCUCCCGCCGCAGCUCCCGGAGCGGUGAAGCCCCGCCGAGCCGCAGGACCUGACCCAGCCUCGGUGGGCAGCGCAGCCGGGGGCCGUGCCCCGCACCGGAGGUUGAGGCCGGGUCCGGAGCCCCCCCAUACAGCCCCAACCCCGACGGCGGCAGCCUGACCCUCUGCCGGGGGGGCCUCCCGCGUCCUGUCCUCCUCCCCGCAUCCCCCUUUGCUUUCAUGCAACGCCUGGUGGCCUGGGACGCAGCAUGCCUCCCCAUCCAGCCUCCCGCCUUUAAAUCCAUGGAAGUGGCUAAUUUCUAUUACGAGGCGGACUGUCUGGCUGCUCUCAACAAGCUGCACCCGCGGGCGGCCGGGGGCCGCUCCAUGACCGAGCUCACCGUAGGGGACCACGAGAGAGCCAUCGACUUCAGCCCCUACCUGGACCCCCUGGCAUCGCAGCCGCCGGCGCAGCCGCCUUCCGCCGCCGCAGCAGCAGGGGGCAACUUUGAGCCUCCCUGCAGCAGCGGCGCCGGCCAAGAUUUCCUUUCCGAUCUCUUCGCCGAGGACUGUAAAGGCAGCGGCGGGAGCAAGAAGCCCGACUACACCUACAUCAGCCUCUCCCGGCACAGCCACCCCUGCGCCAGCCAGAGCCACAAACCGGGGGGGCUGCCGGGCUGCUUCCCGCCCCAGAUCGUGGAGACCAAGGUGGAGCCGGUCUUCGAGACACUGGACUCUUGCAAAGGGCCCCGUAAGGAAGAAGGGGGAGCCGGGCCGGGACCGGGGGGCAUGUCCUCACCCUACGGCAGCACCGUGCGCUCCUACCUGGGUUACCAGUCGGUGCCGAGCGGCAGCAGCGGGAACCUGUCCACCUCGUCCUCCUCCAGCCCCCCCGGCACCCCAAAUCCCUCCGAGUCCUCCAAGUCCGCAGCCGCCGCCGCCGGCGGCUACUCCGGCCCCGCGGCGGGCAAGAACAAGCCUAAGAAGUGCGUGGACAAGCACAGCGACGAGUACAAGCUCCGCCGGGAGAGGAACAACAUCGCGGUGCGCAAGAGCCGCGACAAAGCGAAAAUGCGCAACCUGGAGACGCAGCACAAAGUCUUGGAACUGACGGCCGAGAACGAGCGGCUGCAGAAGAAGGUGGAGCAGCUCUCCCGGGAGCUCAGCACCCUCAGGAACUUGUUCAAACAGCUGCCCGAGCCCCUGCUCGCCUCCUCGCCUCGCUGCUGACCCCCGGCCGGGCCGCGGGGCUAGCGGAGCCGCCGGCUCCUCGCCCCGCUCCGCUGCGCUCCGCCGGGCCGGGGGCGAGCCCGGGGGCCGGUGGGCUGGUUUUUAAUGGUUUUUAUGUUGGUUUGUUCUUGUGUUUUUUCUGUCUUUAUUUACGUGUGGGCAGAAGGCUCCGCCGCAGCGCGGGGAUCUCCCGGGGGCUGUCAGCGGGGCGGCGCGGAAGAGAGGGGCCCCGGUCCAGGGGUCCCGGUGCCCCGGUCCAGGACGGGCUCUGCAGGCUGCUGGGCGCUGGGGUUAUUUAAAAGAGCGAGAGGGGAGCAAGGGCAAAGUGAUGCAAUCCUUUAAGCAUGGCUGGGAAUGCUGUGUACAUGAUGCAAUCUCGUGUAACUGUCAGUCAUGAAUUGAGUAAUCUGUUAAAGAUGUUCCUACAGGUUUUUUUUUUUAUUAUAAAGAAUAAUCUAUUUCUAUAAGAAAAUACAUAUGUAUAUUUUGGGAUCUAUGCAUUCUUGCUACAUUUGAAGCAUUAAUGAACAAUUUUAAUAAACUUUAUGACUAGGUUAAAGAAAGUAGCUUGUUUUAUUUUGAAGGCACGUUUAAAAUGAGAUUAAGCGCAGGGCUGAAAUUCUAGCUGAAUUUGGCUCAAUGCUGGGAUCUGGGAUCAGGAUUUUUGUUGCUCUUUUGGCUUUCUCUGUGACUCAGAGAAAGGAAAAAAUAAACCCAACCAAAACCAAAAAGCAAAACCCCCAGAGAAACCCAGCAAAGAGCAGAGCUGAAGCUUUAGCCAGUUCUUGUUGCCUCAUUUUAUGUCCUCUAAUCACUUGCUUGAGCUGCCGCUUGGGUGUUGUUUGGGGAGGAGGUGUUUGUGUCGAGUUUUUUGCACUUCUUGCUGUUCUGAACGUGUAGAGCAAGAUGUGCUAUCCAAACCAUGACCAAUCUUUGGCAAAGUAACACCAAGCCUGAAGUGGGAGGGAGGAAGAAAAAGUCAGGGAGGAAGCUUGAAAUGAGGGUUUGUUUAUGUUGUGUUUUUUCUUCACCGAGUUUCUAUUCUCUAUGAUUCAGCUUUUCUUAUGUUUGUAGUUCACAGGAAUAAACAUGAGAAAGUAGCAUUUCUGUUGGAUGUCGGUAAUUUCGGGCAUUGCUCAGGAAGCUCUCAUGAAACCCGGCCAGGUGAGAGGCUUAUGAACAACUCCCUCAUCUUUCCUCUUGAGAUGUCUUUCUAAACCCUGCAGAGAGAGUUUCUCUGACGAGAGCUGUUUGUUUCUGUGUGCAUGUGUGUUUGCUGGGGGCAAGUGACAGAUAAGGGUGGGGUGGCAGAGAAGGAGGUUUGUCGGAGGCCAUCGCUUUGGUUUAGGGAGAACUAAGGAACACGCCAGACUUGCCAGGGCUCCCAGGCUGUGUUAUUUCCCCUGUAAGAAGUUAACAGUCUCAAGCUGGUUACAUGGAGGGAGCUGAGCAAAUGAUCGGGUCUUACUCAGCAUUUUCCAUUUUCCUGUUAGGCCAAAUUUAAGCAUUAAGUUUUUAGAUCCAGAUUCCCUGUGCUCCAGAAAAGAAACUGCUUCGUGGCCUGUGCCCUGUUUGACAGCUGAACACAGAAGGAUUUUUUAGUAUAAAGGCUGUGGACUUGAAUUCGCCCCUGUGCAUUCCAAUCCAAACAGCAGUGGUUUGCAGAGGAACAAAUCAUCAAUUUGUUGCUUAUUUUUAGUGUUUCUUUAAGCAAAGCAGGUUUUCUGCUGAAAAAACUGUUCUGCUUUUUUGACACUUAAGAUCCUGGCUUCCUGCGGGGAAAUGCUUCAGAGAGCUCUCACUGAAAUUUGUUACGCAUUCCCUGCCUCCCCCAGUGCCUCUGCAGCUCCUGCAAGGAGCCGUGCAGUAGUGAGCACUAAGAGCCGUGCAGUAGUGAGCACUAAGAGCCGUGCAGUAGUGAGCAGUGAGUGUUACUCCUCACGCAGAUUUCCUCUGUUUGCUUUUUAACUUGUACGGUGCAGUUCAGUUGUUUUUAUGAGACCCUAAGAAUAGAUUUUCUUGGGUGAGCUAGCUCCUGUACCAGCAUGACUCAAGUUCUUGCAGGCAAGAUAGACGUUAGAUCUUGUCUUGACUGUCCCUCGUGACGAUGAUUACUCCAGCCUCCUGUGGCUGUUUAUUCUACUAUUCUUCUAGUUACGAAACUUAUCCACAUCGUUAGAUUCUAUUUUCUUGUUGUGCUGUAGGCCAUGUAAUGUUACCCAAACUUACAAGCAGCGCUCCCAGUCAGUCGAGUGCUGCUGAGGGUGGAAUUGCAGGACUGAAGCUGACCUCAGGCAUAUUUCUUUCUUUCUGUCUAAAUGACAAAGUUUCCAACAAAAGUUCAGUUCAUGGGGGCUGGAAGGCAGGGGAGAUUGAGAGAUAAGAUGUACUGAAGGUAUUUAUAUUUGUUUAAAUAAUACUCCAGUUUUGGAGAUAGAGCUCUACCAGGCAUGAAUGAGCUAAUCCUCAUCCUUAAACUUUGCCUGCCACAGUUCAGGGGAGACAGGGUGGUGUUGCUGCAAUGUAAAGAAUGAUGUUUGAAUUUCUGCUCUAUUCCAAUGUAUCUUUUAAGUAGGAUUAUAGAUUCCUUAGUCAGGAGAAACUUCUGCAGCAGUGAGCUUUUGUCCAAAAGAUGCCGUUGCAGGCAGGAAAGUUAAGGACAGAAAUGCACCAAUUUUACACUGGUGUCGGAAUCUGUGAAAGUCAGAAAGAAAAUUCCCAAAUCCUUCAUUCUUAGUCUUGUACUACCCACAUCACUUAUAUUUUAGGAGCUGUGUAGCACUAUUAAAUGCAUGGAGGUCAUGAAAUACCCUGCUUUAUAAACAAGCAUAUGGAAAAGCCUUUGUAACUUAAAUGUUUCCUAGAUAAGAAAUAGUCUGGAAAAAAGCAGUUUGGAAAUGAAUCUGAGAAAACUACAAGCACUAAAGCAGACACAAGAUUCCAAAUACCUUUUCUAAUCGCAGCAGGGGAAUUGGAAAAUCCCUGUCCAAGCAGUGGUUCAGCUCCAAAUAUUGAUAUAGUUUCCCAUUACAAAUAAGAUUCUGUUGACUGAAAGCAGUACUUGGUAUGUCUCAGUUGUCUUCUGACAGGGUCUCUUGAGCUUCUUUUCCUAAAGCAACUCCGUACAGCUUGUGGUAGGACUCUGCAGUCUAUCUGGAAUUUUAUGGAACUUUAUAAACAGCAUUUUGUUUGGGCUUUUAUUUUUUAACCUUCAAAUUAUUUAUUACACUGACUGAUUCAUAUAGGGCUUUCUCCUCACUUCUAAAAUAACAGUGUGUCUUCCUAUGUAGAACGAAGUCUGUAAGGUCAAAUCCCUGGCACGGACAUGCCCUUUUCAAAGCACCUAGCUCUGUUUUGCUAGGUGUUUGAAUUCAGUUGUGCUUAGUUCUGCAAAAGGAAUCAUAUGUAUAAUUUUAAAGCAAAAUAUUUAAAAAUACAAUUAUAAUUUUGUUAGCAGUUCUUCUAUCAAUGAAUACAACUUAUUACUCUCUAUUUAUCUGCCCAAAGCAUGUAUAACCCUGUGCAGCUGUGACGCUUUGCUGUUUCUUUCACACUUUUCCCACUGCCUUCCAUCAGGGACUCUUGGAAGAUGCAGGGGUAUUGGCACUUCUUGCUAUAUGAAUCAUUUCUCCUCUGUCACAUAAAAUCACUCAAAUUGCACACAUGCACCAAAGGGUUACUGGGAGGGAGGCUUGAUCACAUUUGGUAACAGUAUGGGUUUAUUCUGCAAUAGCCUUCCGAUACUGAAAUUACAGCCUGAAAAAAGCUUUGUGCACAAUGUUUACCAUUUCCUUGCUAGAACAAUUGUCAUUGAUGUGGAUGUGUAUGAAAUUAUGAAAUUACUCUCAUACUAGCUAGUUUUCCAGCAAUGUUUCAUUAGCUGUGACCAGAAUAAAAGUCAAUGCAAGUCAAUAUCUGCUUUAAUAAAGAGAAAAACAUGUAUAUGAGGCCAAA